AAAAGGUUUAAGAGAUAGUUAGGGCAUUACGGGAAAGCUAAAGGGGAUCGUAAAGACAAACCAGGAUAAGGAAAUUGUUUGGGAAACGGACGCGAGACCAGAGAGCAAAAUGUCCAGGUAGAGCUUUUGAAUCGGACUUAUUUGUUCUUGUACAGAACUACACGCAGAUCUGAAAAACUAAGGCUCCAGUGUAUACAAGUUAUCGAAGAAUUGCAAGACGAGAUCAAGUUGUUACAGAUUACCAAUGAGAAACUGAAUGGUGUCGGUCUCGACGAUAUGAGCUCCACCGAGCUAGCCUCACUUAGAAGUAUGUUGGAUGAGGGCUUCCGCAUCGUGGACAAACAAACAGAUCAGGCACACGAGGAUUUAACAGUCAAGCAGAUUGUUGAGUACGAUCUUAUGGGGGGAAUGGACUGGAUUCGAAGACUAGAGAAAGAAGAUUUGGCCUACCAAUCCCUUCUAGCAGGGAGAAGAAGAGCUUUGAGGAACAAGGCUAGAGAAUUCCGCCUCAGCCCUCCAGAAACCCAACCUUGGCGUAGCAAUGACCCUGAAAGACUGAAGACAGACAUCGACUCUCUAAAGAUCGAGAAAGAGAGACUACGUGUUUUCAACCAGAGAAUGAUUGGUAAAGAGCUUGAUGGUAUGGGUUACUUGGAACUGACUGUGUUUAGCUUUGAGAUAUCGGGUGCUAUAAUGAAAGUCGAAGGGAUGAUGAAGAUAAAACGUGCCGAAGAGAUGGAAAAGACAAAACGUCCAAGGCCGACGGUCAACAAGGAACUAAUCUCCCUGGGACAGAUAUGAUCGUGGCUUUAGGUGGCAGGUUCUUGGCUCGUGCCAACAUUAAAGAGAUGAAAAUCGUUUUGUUUAAUAAGAGAGGCUUGUGACUAUGUACUUAGAUAAUGUUUUUUUCUGGCUCUUUGUGUUAUGUCUCUCUGGUGAUAUGAUUAAACUAAAAACUUAUGGUUUUGUUAGAUUCUAUAUAAAACCCAUGUUAGGCUCCAGUUUUCAAAGGAUCAGAAUGUACAAUACCAUAAAUACUUUCGCAUUAUAAACACUA